AGGUAAAUAUAAUAGCCUAAAAAUAACGAGUGAAAGGUUAUGCAGUAAUAAUACCACAUUGCCUGAACAUGUUUUGAUCCGUAUAAGAUAUAGUUAUAGUGACAACGAACAAACAACGAACAAAAAAGGAUAACCUAGUGACUUUGAUUUCGUUCGUACAAGAAAGGAAUAGCAUGGUGUCAAGACGCUCGAAUCUACCCACCACGGGAGAGGUGAGCGUUACGGAACUGAAGUCGUACAACUACAUCAAGAGUUUCUUCGAGUUGCCCAAACUCUCACCUGAGGACGAGAAAUUGCCGUUUUUUAAAAGAUUUCAGAAGCUUCGAGAGAUAAAAUCAAAGGAUGGGACAGGCGCCACAAAUACAAAGAUCCUGAUGCGAGGUGUGAUGUUGUUCCAGGCGCCCACAAUGCUGUACGCGUUCUUGUGGCACAUAGUGCCCUUCUUCUUCUCCGACUACGGCCCCUGGGCGGAGUACUACAUGCGCGUCCUCUGCUGCUACAUCUGCAUCAAUGGCCUUGCCAACUGGCUCUGUGUCAUACUCUACGACCCUGCGUACCGGAAGUCGAAGGACAACCCGUUCCUGCAGGUGGGCGGUUACGAUCAGCCGCCGGACCAGUUCGUGCCGAUGAUCGAGCAGUCCUCCGCCAAUGGAAACGGGCACUGCGUGUACGACAUGUCCAACAAGGAGGCGCUGCCGUGGGAAUACUGCAAAGACUGCGAGAUGUACAUACCACCGCGCUGCCACCAUUGCAACAUUUGCAAACGGUGCAUAUUAAAGCGCGACCACCAUUGCUACAUGGUGGGAAACUGCAUUGGUUUUAAAAACCAGCGCUACUUUGCCGUGUUGGCAUUUUACGCCAUGGUCACAGGAUUAGUCGGCGGUUACUUUACAUUUAAAUAUAUACAGCUUGUCGUUUGGCCCCAGUUAGACUCGUGGGCGUAUUUAUUCUUCCCUGUGGCAAUAUGGAAAUCUCUUUUUGGUGCAAUCCCCGGUUUUCACGUUCUAUUACUUGUUCAUCUUCCGCUCGAAUUUUUCUUCGGAUUUAUCGGCUUCGUGUAUGUGACGUCCCAACUGACGGUUAUAUCGAGCGGCAAGACGUUGCACGAACUCGCUAAAAAAGUGCCAGUGAAAAGUACGCUGAGUGUGAACAAGCACUUUCGUUCAGUUUUUGGCGACUUUUGGGCACUCAACUUCCUGUUUCCAAUGACAUUGAUAUUUCGACAGAGCGACGACGGGUUACAUUGGGACGGUAUAAAAAUUGACCACAACGGGAAUGAGAAGAAAAAUUAUGGAGAUUACGAAAAUAAAACUGUGUAGGAUGAAGGGUGUUCAUUUAAGCCUUGAUCUGCAAAAACGGGGCUUAAUGAUUUUUUUGUAUAAAGGAUGUCUUUUUUUUAGCGAAAAUCCAAUGCAGGAAGAAAGUGUCGUCCCUGAUAAGCCUAUGCGGACUGCACAGGCUAAUCUGGGACGACACUUUACGCACAUGCAUAAAGCCCCGUUUUUCAAGAGCGAGGUUUAUGUAUUUAUUAUAAUGAUAUAGGUAAGACCCAUCAAUUUGCGUCUGAGAUCAUGUCCUUAGUAUACAAGCGUCUGUGUCUAGGUAAAACUUGGUAAUAAUAAGGAUAAUUAAUCACACAAUCUGCUUUAACACAUAACAUGUUUAUGCUCAAUAUAACAUAUUUGAUUGUAGUCGACACAUAUUUAUUGUCAAUGAAUCUAUACAAUGUUGCCAUUGAUACACUGUUUGAUAUAGUAAUGCUUGCAGCACAGACCAUCUGCUGUUAUUGGCUCAUGGCACUAUGACGGUAAAUAUUUGUGUGACAUUAAAGCCAUGCACAGAACAGACUUCAUUUUUACUGUUUUUAUCGAUAUUUGUAUUUUACUUUUUAAACAUGUGAAGGAAAUAAAAAUAAUAUUCGUU